AUGGGAUCAUGUAUUAUCCAACGCUCUUACGCUGAGAAAAAAGCUGUAGUCGCAGAAAAUGGCGGGGGCACAAGAGCCGCACACGGCCACCAUCCGUGCGCUCUCCUGGUGCCUUACCUGGGUCUCAUCCUCGCCCGGCUGCGAGGACGCUCCGGGGCCGCCGACCCGCGGCCGCCGCGCCCGCUCCCCUCAGGCUCGCGGCCGCCGCCGGCUCCCCCCGCCAACUUCCCCCUGCCCGCCUCCUGCCCCGCCUCGCCCUUCCCCCGGGCCGGCGCGGCUCCCCUCGGCCACAAAGGGAGAGCCGCGGGUCAGGAAAGGCGCGAUGCCGCCUGGAACGCGGCGCCCGAGCCAGAUAAAGUUGUGCGAGGCGGAGGAGUGAACGGCAGGCUGGCAGGAGCAAAGAGGUUUUGGCAUUCUGUCCUCACCGUGGGACACAAGGACUGCCCCAUCCCACUUUCGGGCGAAAAACUCCCCUGGAACAGACCCUUCUUUAAGCCCGGAAUGUGCGUGUACAUACCUGGGAGAGGAAGGGGCAAGAACUACAUACCCCAGGAAGAGAGGAGUGGCCGACCCAACAACUGCACCUUCAAGAGCAGCCUAAAAAGAGCCAGCUUCUACUCAGGAAAACCAGAACAAAAGGAGAAGAAAGAACAGAAUACUUCCCAGAGAGAAAUGGCUUUAGAUCACUGAAUUACUGGAAAGGAACAUAAACUGAUUUUAAGGUCUAUAUAUAUAUGACUGGAUUAGGGUUAUUUUACUAAAGACUAUGAUCUCAAAACAGGAGAUAAGAGGCUGAAAAAAACAAUCUAGAAUGAGACCUGUCUUUGAGACAAAACCACUAUAAUAUCCAUACAAAUGCAGCCACA